AUGUCAACGAAACGUCGCAUAAAGGGAUUGAAGACCAAGCUGACGAGCCUAACCGUCUCAUUCAACCUGAUCAAGACGUUCGUUAACAAUUAUCAGGAAGAAAGGGAUGCCUUCGAGAUACCGGCCACAACAUCCUAUGCGAAAUUCGGAAAGCCGAAAGCAUUUGUAUCCGCUUCCGUCACCGGACCUUCAAGCCAUGCAAGCACCGGUCAAGCACGAAAGGGCGUGCUUUUGGCUACCGCAGUCGUUAAACUAGUGGACGACAACGGCACUGAACAUGUUGCCAGAGCGCUUCUCGGUUCCGGUAGUGAAUGUUGCUUCAUCACCGAAUCACUCUUGCAAGUUAUCAAAUCUCAACGCACAAAAAUAUCCGUUCCGAUCAGUGGCAUUGGGCAAUCAUCAACGUACGCACGGUACAAGAUCGUCGCUUCGAUUCAAUCAAGGGUUUGUGACUACUCCACCUCUGCCGAGUUCCUUGUACUGCCCAAAGUUACCAUCGAUUUGCCAUCUGUUCAAGUCGAUAGUUCUUCUUGGACUAUUCCUCCCGGCGUUCAGCUAGCCGACCCAUUGUUCUACGAAUUAAAUCCAGUGGAUAUUAUCAUUGGCGCAGCAGUAUUCUUUGAGCUUCUUAAGGUUUCAGGUCACAUUCAGCAUGGUGAAUCCCGUCCGACCUUGGUCCACUCGGUUCUUGGUUGGAUAGUGUCUGGAAAGACCUCGCAUGGCACUCCGAAGUCUCCAAUCAUCGUCAAUGUUGCAACGAUCACCGAUUUACAUAAGCUCAUCGAAAAGUUUUGGUCAAUCGAAGAAGACGAAAGCACUCCAAACCAUUCCGUUGGUGACAACCGUUCUACUGCCGUCCGUCGUUUUCGAAUGCUGCAAGGUCGACUUUUUCGUAACCCAGGCAUAGCGCAGCAAUACCGUUACUUCAUGGACAAAUACCUUGCUUUGGGCCACAUGAAGCAGGUGUUUGACUACCAGUCGCCUCCAUCUCCAUGCUACCAUAUGCCUCACCACGCUGUAGUUCGAGAAGAGAGCACUACUACGAAGCUGCGAGUGGUCUUCGAUGCAUCAUGCAAGACUCCGGAGGGACCAUCGCUCAACGACGCACUCAUGGUAGGUCCAACCGUGCAGCAAGAGAUUCGGUCAAUCAUCAUGCGCUCCCGAAUCCGUCGAACAAUGGUCAUCGCUGACGCCAAGCAGAUGUACCGAUAA